GACAGACGGACAUCAGAAGUGAAAUGUCCCUGCAGGGAGAAAGUACCGACAUCUUCAAACUGGAUGCUUCGUCCUUCUGCAACAGAUUGAAGAGCAUGUGAGGUAUCAAAAUGGAUGAUUUAGAUCACAGCAUCCACAUUGCAGAAUAUGACUGGACAAGCUUCUAUGAGGAGUGUGAGGAGUGUUGUCUGCUGCAGCCUUCGCUCGCCUGCCAUGAUAGCUUGAGCCUCACUGAUUCAGAGGACUCGGAAAACUCAAGUUCAGUUUUCGGCACAAGCCAACAGGAGCCAGAGCAAAGCUCUGCUGCAAACCGUGAUGACGCUGAAAGCAGCGCUGCAGGAUGCUGCAUGGAGGUAGAGAACUGCACAGGUUGUGUAAAGUAUAUAUCAGUGGAGAUUAUUCAGAGUGGUUCAGGAGCAGGACAAGAUGAUCUUACAACAAAAGCUGAACUAUGCCUUAAUCAUCCUGAAGGAACCACCAUCCCCAUAGCAGGGCACAACACAGAGAAGACAAAUGACAACAUCACAACCACACUGCAAACUGAGCAACUAAAUGUUCAGUCAUCAGAUGGAGAUGUGCAAAUGGAGAGUGACAUUCGUGAACUCAAAUCCACGCAGGAAUCUGACCCACUUUCUUGCAGCCGAACAGAGCUGAAUGUGACUGAGCCGCACACCACGGGCAGAGCUGUGAGCGAGGAUGUGAGUGGAGGAGCUAUAAGAGCAGAAAAAGAGCGCUGGUUCGUGACAGUGAAUGACGGUCCUGCACGACAGCGAGUGUGUGCCGCCUCUGUGAAAAGAAAACGGAGACAAAAAAAAACUCGUAAGGACGAUCACAUGAGACCUGGGCAAGAGAAAUUGCUUGAAAGCAGCCUAAAGUUUGAGAUAAUGAAAGCUACAAAUGAAUCUGAGGGAGUAACAUACACAGAGCAUGUCACACAAGCAAACCAAAACUUGGUACAACAAUCAGGAGGGUAUAUGAGUGCUGAAGAAGAUCCUGAGAAAGUUCAGAUGGGAGGCAUUUCAGAUUCAUCGCAAAUGUCUUCAACGUCUGGCGAAGAAGACAAUUUGUCGGAAAAACUGGUGAUGUCUCACGCCGCCAAAGACAAUAUCACUGAGCCAACAAGAGACAGAACAUCACAAAACGCAAGCACCUCAGCAUCCACACCCCACAAAGAUCUGUCACAGUUUGACAGUGUAGAGCCUGAUGAGCUUGAGGACGACGUCAAGUUCUACUCCACUCACAGUUUUGAUUCUGAAAGCUAUCUGUCAGCUGCUGAAUCAAUGGAGGAACUUCGACAUCUUCUCGUGGAACACCAACAAUUGCAAAGCUCAUCAUCUCUGGCAGAAAACAGCCAUCUAUUCAAUCUGACUGAGAAUACCAAAGCAGACAAUACGCAGGACAGAGAAGUGCAUCCUUGUGCUAGCAUUCUCUCAUGCAAUGUAAUAGCUACCAACGCUAAAGGUCAUGAAAGCACUGAUGUUCAGCCCACCCUGACAUUUCCAUCUGCUGGCCAAAGUGCUGCCAAAAUGCCAGAUGACAACUUCACAUGUGAUAAUGACACACACAGCACGCUGCCCCCGAACACACCUGGACUCCAGAAACAUGAAGUUAAUCUUACAGCAUCUGAUUGCUCUUCAGGAGAUCAGCUUCUCCCCAUUCCUGAUUUAACUGUAACAUUCUGCUCUGUGGCGGACAGCCCUGAAACAUAUGCCGAAGCCGCGGGCCACGCUCGCCCUGUGUACGCCAUUUCUGCUUUUUGGGAUGAAAUGGAAAAAUUGACGAUACGUGACAUUUUGCAGGUCAGGAUGGGUAGAAGCACCGCUCCCAGGGAAACACAAGAAACAGUGACACCAAGCGUAGACGAUCACAGCUCCUUAAUUGACCCUGCGGAGUAUAAUUUGUUUGAUGGAGGUCUGAUGGAUACAUCUGACACUGCUGACUCAGACUAUUUCACACAGCCUGACGAAUCCAGGCCGGAUCGCUCAAGCUGUGAGUUUUCCACCUCCGAUUUUGAAGAAGAGUACUGGCAGUUUCUUGGCGCCAGUAGGAUCCACAGUCCUGACCCUCAAAGCAAAAAACAACGAAGCACAUGUGACUCUCCUUUCUUAGCACAUGAGGAAGAGGACUCCACAGGCUCUGAAGGAAAGGAGACACCCGUGCCUUUAGAGGACUUCGCAAGUAAACGUUUUGAGGAUCAGGACUCAAAUGCUUUCAUUUCAAGCGAACUUGCAUGGCCGAGACAGAUAACAAAAAGCAAAAGCAUGCACAACGUACAAGCUCUCAACACAGAGGAUUUAUCUUUGCAGUUGCUACUUGGGAAUGAUGAGAGCAGUCUGUUGCUCAGCAGCUGUAGUCCAUCUCUGGAGGAAAAGGUGGUUUUAAAAGCAAGCGACAGCGUUGGAACACUGAUGCCUCCACCUUUUCUGGAUGAACAUUAUCAAGUAUCCUUCCCUGAAGUGUUUGAAUACUUACUCAGAGAGAAUAAAACAAAGAGGGACUCGCGGUGUGUCACCUUCUAUGAUCCAGAAGACAUCUCAGUGGCUCCUGUGUUUGACUACACUCUUUGUACAUUUAGGGAUGAAAUGUCGUUCUUUUCCCUUCACGAUUCCCAGCGCAGCGAUGAGAGACCCAUACCCAUUUUCUCCUGUUCUCAUCCCACUGUCAGAGAACUCACAUUCCCACAUCUAAACUAUGUUUUCUUGAGCGCAGACUGCGAGGAGGAGGACGACGACGACGACAUCUCUCCAAUCAGAGUUGUGUCUCGCUCUUUCAUCCAGGGGAGUGAUUGUGGGGCAGCGGCCCCACAUGGAUUUCAUAGCUGGAAAAGUUUGAUAAGGAAGAUUCACUUUCCCGACAAAGGUAGUAUCUGGUGCAGGAGAUCUGGUGCCUGGGUGUUCCCAGUUGAGGCUGAGAAGAUCGCGAUGAAGAGUGCGGAUCCACCAAUAACAGUGCUCACUGAGAGGAGAGUCACUUCAACGCCUUCUCAGUUGUUUAGAGAGCUAGCAGUGCAGCAGAGGGUUUUGGAAGCUAUACAGACAACGAGACGAGAGGGCCUCUUCUCCACGCUGAAGCAAUCAGAUAUGUGUUUGGUCUGCAUUGCUUUUGCCUCCUGGGUGUUAAAAUCCUCUGAUCCGGACACUGCUGAUGCCUGGAAAGCAGCUCUGCUAGCAAAUGUGAGUGCGCUGUCGGCUAUCCAGUACCUGCGGCACUAUGUGAAGAAGAAGAAUCCUUCUUAAGAUGAUCCCUGAUAUGUGUACACACAAGAGAGAAGAGAAGAGUCAUUUCCAAACUUUUUCACUCGGGUCCAUCCACAAAAUGCUUUGGGUUCCAAGUUACAAUACAGCAUGUAAAGGUAGACAUUAGCAAACUGAUGUUUUAAGUUCUUUUCAGCCUAAAGCUAGUUGGUCAUUUUUAGUGAAAGGAAGUUAAAGUCUGGUGAUAUUCUACAUUUCUUAGGAUUCCAUGAAAACCAACAAUGAAUUGAUCCUAAUAACAAGUAUUGUCUGUGUAGACUAACUAAAGCCUGAUAGCGUAUUCCUCCAUUGUUGUCCAACAACAUCUUACAUUACAAUUAAUAUUGACGCUGUAGAGUGACUAGCAAAUAAGGGGCUGAAUAUAGUUCCCAACAAAUGCACUAUUUCAAGAUUUAAGCUCAAGAUUCAAAGAUGUAUUGGUCACAUAUUCAUAUUUUCAAUGUGUGCAGUGAAAUGUGGGGGUGGUAUACUCUCUGUGCUAAAAGGCUAAUGUGCAAUACAAAUACAGAAUAAAAAAUAAGUAUCGGACGCAGAUUACAUAAUAAAAAAAAGACACGCUCAGACCGACAUUGUGGUUACGUUUGCUAAAAACUAGUGCCUAGUUGUUUGAGGAAAUUAUUUAGUUUUUAAUUUUUUAUUUAUUCAUUUUAAUCAGUAUAUUUGAGAUAUAUUUGAUACUCUAAUAGGAACAAAUUGGCUUGGGGUUGAGAGCCACAGACAGGAUAAGGAAGUUGGAAAGUAUUGAGGUUUUGGUCUUUUAAUGGGAUUUGAUGGGAACACACCGGUCGUGUAUAGCAGCUAUUUUUAUUUCUGUGCCCCAUAUGUUAUCGAAUCUGUCCGUUCACAUUGGCCGCGUAGCUCCGCGUUGGCCCGCGUGCGAAAUUCUUUUUUCGUAGGGUGGUAGGGGAAGACUCAUCCGUGAUUGGCUCGCCCUGACAUUCUUACCGUAACCAAUCCCACUCCUCUUGCCUAAACCUAACCAACCCAACCAGAGCAGGCAAACGAGUACUAGCCAUUCAGGGAUGAGUUCCCUAAUGAAUAUUCGUGAGUUUUCUCCUACCAUCCAAAAAGAAAAUGUGCGGCCCACGUGUUGCAGCGAUGAGCUAGGUUUAGUUUCGGCGUCUCCUCUAUUUCUUGCGCGAGACGCGAGCGUAUGUGUCAAGCCAGGCAGGUAAUCACAUACAGGAAGACCACAGUGCAGCCGGAUACUUUACAAAAAUAAAACACCUACCAAAAUAAAACACCUAGGUUCAUGGUGAUUUUGGCUGUCUUGACACGCCAUCAGGCACACGGAGAGAAAGACCGACGGACGGACAGAGAGAGUGACACGCACGCACGCACGCACGCGCGCACACACACACACACACACACACACUCAUCCUGUCUCUUUCUAUCGGAAAGAGAGACUUUGAUUGUUCAGUUCUGGUUAAACUGAGGUUGGUAUGAGGACCAUUAUGUAAGUAGAGAAGGUCAUACUUUUUGUUGCAAGAAAAGGUUCAGUACGUGACUGCGUGAGCGGUGCAUGAAGGGUAAGCAUCGUCUAAAACAGUGGUUCCCUAACGUUUUGGCUUUGUUAAGCUUUAAUACAAAGUCACAUCUACUUGUUACCUUUCAUCACAGGCUGCACAAGUUGUGAGCAGCUCAGAAGGAUUUUCCACUUUUAGACCAUUUCAUUUUAAUAAUUCCAUACAGGCAAGUAUAGGUAAAACUAUACAGCCUUAAACUACACAGAGAAGAAUGUAACUGUGUAGCAGUUUUAGUUUUUGCUUGUCUCCUACUCUGGUAAUUAACUCACAGUGCCUUAGAUUAAUUCCAAACCCCCAGGAUGGGAACCACGGAUCUAAAAUACUUUGUAGUGAAAAGGCCGGGUAUCUUAGAGCCGUCACAUCCUGUGCUGGAACAACAUUUAAGCUUUAAAAAUAGCUAAUUGUUAUACAUUUGCCUACAAUAUACAUAAGCCAAAUGUAAUUGACAUAUCUGUUCUCAGAUGCUUGUAUGAAUUACCCCUAAGUAUUCUGCUGUUGCCACUGUCACAUUUUGUGUAAAGAUCUACAAGCAACACUUCAUAUCUCUUGUCAAACAAGACUGGGUACAUAUGAUUUUACAUAUAUGACAGAUUUUGUGCAAUAAAGUGAUUUAAUGCAAUAAAACCAUGAAUACACGA